AUGAGUUACGAUGGUCAGUGGAUUAACUGCGCGCACGGUGUGCAAUUUGCACGAAACUGCGAUCAUGGAUUAAAGAAUGAUUGUGAGAACGACGACGCUGAACUUCGUGAUCGACGUGACCUUAUCGCACGUGCGCGCGAAUGUGUUGCGAUGUUGCGCAAGCGCGGCACUACGAUCACGAUCAAUGUGCGAACGGUUAUCGACGUUGGACCUUUCAAGAAAUGUGCAUUCUCGUCCGUUCGAAUUGUUCCUACAUCUCACGCGGAGCGGACCCAUAGCUCCGAAUUCCUGAUAGAUCUCAGUUGUGGAUCAAUCCACGCUCCCAAUCCCACUCCAAGAUGGACGUCAAGGGAAAUUGUUCCAACGGCAAACCAUCCACCACCCAAAUCCACAAUCACCCACAAUACGACGAGUGGGCGUGGUCGAUUAUACGUCGAGUUUUUUCUACGCGGCCUAAGCAUGAGCUCUGCACGGGUGGAACUUUCGUCAACGACCGUCGCAGUCGGAGCAAUCAUCAUCAAGAAGGAAGAACCGUCGAGCACUACGAACUCACAAGCUGAAGGAGAGGAGAAUCAGCCUCAGAUUGAAGUCAUACCUUGUAAAGUAUGCGGUGACAAAUCAUCCGGUGUCCAUUAUGGUGUAAUUACCUGCGAAGGAUGUAAAGGAUUCUUUCGAAGGAGUCAGUCAUCGGUCACGAACUACCAAUGCCCACGGCAGAAAAACUGCACAGUAGAUCGUGUGAAUCGAAAUCGCUGCCAGUACUGCCGACUAAAAAAGUGUAUGGAAUUGGGCAUGAGUCGAGAUGCUGUGAAAUUUGGACGGAUGAGCAAAAAACAACGAGAGAAGGUGGAGGAUGAGGUACGGUUACAUAAACAAAUGCAAGAGGCCACUGGAAUACCGUACAUGUACGGCGAGUACUCACCUCCAUCACAACAGUCCAGCUAUGCAGCUCCCGGAUACGAAACCGGUUUGUACCCUCACUAUGCUCAAGGAGCAUAUGCUCACGCUGUGGCCGCCGCACCCAUUAGUUACCCGUCGCAUUCCUAUGGCGUCGCACAACAAGGUACUGUUCCGGCUAGCAAUGGUGGCUUUCCGUCACCGCAGCUUUCCUCGGCUGCUGAAGAGGACACAGCUGCGAAAAUUGUUGCCGCAUUCGAGACCACGCAUACGCAAAUGCGAAAUAUGAAUCCAAAUCCGACGAUAGUUGAUGUUAACAGAUUUGCCUCGAUAGAAUUCCAGAACCGAAUAGGCAUCUGGCGGCAGUUUGCCGCCGAUCUCACCACCGUAAUACAGGCUAUUAUCGAAUUUGCUAAAAUGAUUGAUGGUUUCAUGCGACUUGGACAAGAGGAACAGAUUCAUCUGCUGAAAGGUGGCGUGUUCGAACUCGCUAUUGUCGAGCUUUCCUCUCGCUAUUCUCCAGAGACACAAACACUCUCUAUGGAUAACAUUGUUUUGCCGUUACACAAUCUUAACAUUACGGAUCAAAUUGAGGUUCGAUUCGUUCAAGAGUUCCAUCAGUGCCUCCAUGAUCUGGCAGUGUGCCAGCUGACCUCAUCCGAGGUGGCGCUGCUGUGCGCUGUUUUGCUGUUGGAACCGGCUUCAACUGAACAAACCACGUGUGAACGACUUCGAACAGUUUUGGCACAGUCUCUGGCCGCCCGAGUGGGUACCGAUGCCCAGCGGGUCUGGGACACGCUGCCGAGAUUGAAGCAGACUGCUCAUCUACAUCUGAUACUGCUCGUCUUAUCGAUCCAGCAUUCGAACGUGUCUUCUAACAUUCCACGAAGAACGUGCGUCGCUAACCAAUAUCACUGCCCGAAAACAUAUCUACUGUUCUUUUUCUUCGAGAUAUCGAUUUGUGUUGGCAUUUUACGCCAUUUGCACGGGUUCUACUAUUGUUACAUUACGGCAUUAAAGUCCUAG